AUGGUUCUUGUAGUACAUAACAUCCUCAUUUUCUUCCGAGCACAAUGGAUCCUCUUAAAGCAGAACGACAUCUCCAGUUCGUUAGCGAUUGUACCGGGGGAUCGAUAUUUGAAGUCAUGGGCCUUCUUACCAUUGUUUGCUCCGUUGGCUUCCUCAGAUUUAGAAUUGAGCGGUUGUUCUUUCGAAAUACGCCGAGAUCUAUCUAUCGUGCUUCCUUGUACCCUCCUUUCCAAUUAUGUUCUUGAGACCAACAUCAUUCUCCUUUCCACCGUCUGCCUGCUUCAACUUAAGGCACCAUCCGUCUCCCCCGUCGACGUCACCACCGUCUUCCCCCACACUCUCUCCACGUGGCGCCGCCUAAAUCGCACCUUCGUCCUCAUUUAUACCUGUGUCUGUAUCUAUGCUGUUGAUCUGCCCAUCUUUCCUCGGCGCUUCGCAAAGACUGAAGUGACAGGCGUAAGUCUAAUGGACACAGGUGUCGGCUUGAUUGCUGUCAUCGUAGGUCUCUCCAAUGUCGCUUUUCUCGACGCUUGUCGUCGUCGCCCUCUCCAGUACUUUGCUCUGCUCAAGGUUGUUGCUAGGGCCAUAUUGCCCUGUUUUGCGGUGGGGAUUUUGAGGACCGUUGUUGUUAAGGCGCUGGGUUAUCCGGAGCAUGUGACGGAGUAUGGUGUGCAUUGGAACUUCUUCUUCACACUGGCCAGCAUUCGGAUAGGCGGCUUCGUCGUGGCCUCUGCGCUGAGUCGGAUGUCCGACUUCGACGCGAUGAAUGCGCAUUUUGUGCUCUGCGUACUGCUCGCGUGCUUCCAGCAGUGGGGUGUACUGGGCUGGGCGCAGCGCAACCACUUCGUUCGUUCAUCCUCGCCCACCCCUAACAAGAGUGCCGACGGCAGUUCCGCCGCGGGCAUCGCGGCACUGGUACGUGCUAACGCAGAAGGUCUGGUCUCGCUGCCUGGCUACCUGUGCCUCUUCAUCUACGGCACCGCUAUCGCCCUCCUCCUCCGACUUCACCUCGACCUGCCCGUCUCGCAGCCCGUCGAUAAGCUGAAGGUUCUCUGUGUCCAGGGCAAAGAGACUUGGCGCGGUGAUCCCAAGAAGGUCGCCAUGGCAGUGCUUUUUAUUGGUGCCCUGGCGUUCCUCGUCGUGGUUGCCUGUGGUGAGAGCUCAGUGUCUCGGCGUCUUGUGAAUCUUCCCUACAUCGCUUUACAGAUCGGUCUACUGUCACCUCUCAUGGCGUUCUUUAUCUGCUGCGUUUUCGACUUUCCUGAGAGAAAGCCAAUGACACCAAUGCGUAAAGAUAUGAUACCUCUAAUCACGAUAGUCUCGGACAAUGCGAUGCUCUACUUCCUACUUUCCAACCUCAUCACAGGAAUCCUAAAUUUGCUCCUCGACACCUUAACACUAGCUGAAUGGCAGCCGGCUUGGUUUGCAACUACGUGUCAAUUCCUUCUGCUCACAGCCUACACGGUCACCUGUCCACUGCUCACGCUGGCGCUCUCCUCUCUGCCGUUUGGACGAAGUGAGGCCAAAAUGAAUAAGUGA